CAAUCCACUUUAAGGGCCAUAAGAGUCAUAAAUUGCACCUGAGUCAUAUACUAAUAUACCACGGACCAUAAUGUUUUGUGUUUGAGUGCAAUCUGUUCGAUUGAGUGGUUCUCAUGCGCUGGCAAGAAUUAUAUCAGGGUCGCUGUGCCAACGCCUAAGUGUAUUUACGACAUGGGCUUGUUCUCUUAUCUCAACCUCUACAGCCCCGAUACCACUUGACAAAAUUCAAAAUCCAAACCUCAUCUCUGCUCACUUACCGCAAUCUUCAAAGCUCCCUUAAAGCAAUCAAUACAGUUCAACUACGCCCUCGAUCAGCAUCAAUCAAUCAAUACAUACGCCGAGAUGUCUUCCACUGUUCUCGGCGACAAGGACGUCAACGCGGCGCAAACAGUCCAGGCAACUGAAUCAAAGGAUAUCAAGAGCAUGGAGUACCAUCGCCAGGUUCUUCAAUCGAGGCUCGAGGAGGACAAGGGCAAGCCAACAUACGUCUCUCCCAGCGACAACAUCAUGUCUCCUUGCACAGCAAAGUUGAGCGCCUACCGCAACAAGCAUGUCAUGAAGUACGUGUCUUUCCCAUUGAAUUCUUAACCAGCUGCUACGAACAAAAUACUAACCAUCUCCAG